AUGCGCGAUGGCUGUUUUCUACUGAAAGAUUAUAUUUGUUAUUGGAAUUCCUCAAUGUUGCAACAAACUGAACGCAUAUCUUAUCAUCAACGAAAAACAUCUUGUGCUUACUGUUAUAAUCAAGGUUAUUGCGUUCAAGGUAAUUUACAGAAUAAAAGUGAUUUCACUUGUGUUUGUCCAAAAUGUGUUUCGGGUACACUUUGUCUAUUUUCACCAAGUCAAUUUUCUAUUUCUCUGGAAUACUUUUUCGAAAGAAAAAAAUGGAAUAAUUAUCAUUCCAUUGUUCCUAGUCUUUUUUUUCUCUUCGGGAUGCUUUUCAAUGGACUUUGUCUAUUGACAUUUGCUCGACUUAGAGCUCGUCGAAUGGGUACUGGAAUUUAUCUUCUUAUUAAUUCGAUUAGAAGUCAGCUUAUCUUUAUUACUUUACUCAUUCGUAUUACUUGUCUUCAUAUGAUUGAUCAAAUUAUUCUUAAUGAAGAAGUUAAUCGAGUAUUAUGUAAGAGUUUACCUUAUUUGAUGUUUUCUCUCAAUUAUGUAAGCCUUUGGUUAACGGCUUUUGUUACAGUCGAAAGAGCAAUAGCUGCAACAUUACCGGCACAAUUUCCCUCAUUUAGAAAACCUAAAUCAGCUGUUUUUCUUAGUGUAUUGCUCUCUACAUUUGUUUUUGCUUCAAUGUAUCCUCAUCUGAAUCAAUAUAAAUUAAUCAAUCAUUCAAGUAACCUUCAUCCUUGGUGUAUUCUUGAAAAUGAAUCCAAUGAACAAUCUUUUAUGCAAUAUAUAUCAUUGAUACAUCAGAUUAGUUCUUUUGUAUUAAUGUUAUUGUUGCAUUGGUAA